CUUGUUCCGGCUCGCCAAAGAUGGCGGCCCCCAGAGCGGGAGCGUGGAAGUUGUUGGUGAAAGACGGUGUCCACCCGCGCUGGAAUUGAAACUGUGGGGACUGUGCGCCAUGUCGCGACUGAUCGUGAAAAACCUCCCGAAUGGGAUGAAGGAGGAGCGUUUCAGGCAGCUGUUUGCCAACUUUGGCACCCUGACGGACUGCAGUCUGAAGUUCACCAAAGAUGGCAAGUUCCGUAAGUUUGGCUUCAUCGGCUUCAAGUCAGAGGAGGAGGCCCGGAUGGCCCUGAACCAUUUCAACAAGAGUUUUAUCGACACAUCCCGGAUCACGGUGGAGUUCUGCAAGUCGUUUGGGGACCCAACAAAGCCCCGAGCCUGGAGCAGACACACUCAGCAAAUAAGCCAGGCUAAGAAUCCUUCAAAAGACAAAGACUCCGUCCCCACAGAACCCAAGAAAGAUGACAGGACGAAAAAGGUAGCAAGUGAACUGGAGAAGCUGAAGGAAGACACCGAGUUCCAGGAGUUCCUGUCCGUGCACCAGAAGCGGACGCAGACAGCCACGUGGGCCAAUGAUGCCCUGGACGCCGAGCCCUCGAAAGGGAAGAGCAAGGCCACCAGUGACUACCUGAACUUCGACUCCGACUCUGGGCAGGAGAGCGACGAGGAGGGUGCUGGCCAGGACCCAGAAGAGGAGGAUGGCCUCGAGCCCAGGGCGGCCGUGCAGAGGGAGCUGUCGGACAUGGAUUACCUGAAGUCCAAGAUGGUGAAGUCCGAGUCGCCGUUGUCCUCGGAGGAGGAGGAGAGUGAAGACGAAGCUGUGAGCUGUGGGGACGGGAGUGGGGCCGAGGAGGAGGCCCCCAGCCCCGCGCCCGCCCAGCAGGACAGAGGGAGGCCGGGGGCCGGCCCGGAGCAGGGCGCCUCAUCCGGGAACGAGACACCGGGGGCGGCCAGAGCUGAGGCAGACAAACCGGCAAACCAGAAGGAACCCACCACCCCCUACACUGUGAAGCUGCGGGGAGCCCCAUUCAGUGUCACGGAGAAGAACGUUAUGGAAUUCCUGGCGCCCCUGAGACCAGUGGCCAUUCGGAUAGUGAGAAAUGCUCACGGGAACAAAACAGGGUACAUCUUUGUGGACUUCAGCAGCGAAGAGGAAGUCAAGCAAGCUCUGAAAUGCAACAGGGAGUACAUGGGUGGGCGCUACAUUGAGGUAUUCAGGGAAAAAAACAUCCCUACGGCCAAGGGGCCCCUGAAGAGUAGUGCCAAGCCCUGGCAAGGCCGGACCCUCGGGGAGAAUGAAGAGGAGGAGGACGUGGCCGACUCCGGGAGGCUCUUCAUACGAAACCUGCCCUACACCAGCACCGAGGAGGACCUGGAGCAGCUCUUCUCCAAGUUUGGUCCUCUGUCUGAGCUUCAUUACCCGAUUGACAGCCUGACCAAGAAACCCAAGGGCUUUGCCUUCGUCACCUUCAUGUUCCCUGAGCACGCCGUGAGGGCCUACGCAGAAGUGGACGGGCAGGUGUUCCAGGGCAGAAUGCUCCACGUGUUACCAUCCACCAUCAAGAAGGAAGCCAGCGAGGAUGCGGACACCCCAGGAUCAUCGUCCUAUAAGAAGAAGAAAGAAUCUAAAGACAAAGCCAACAGCUCCAGCUCUCACAACUGGAACACGCUGUUCAUGGGCCCAAACGCCGUGGCGGAUGCCAUUGCACAAAAGUACAGCACCACCAAGAGUCAAGUGUUUGACCACGAGACCAAGGGCAGCGUGGCUGUGCGCGUGGCCCUGGGGGAGACCCAGCUCGUCCAGGAAGUGCGGCGCUUCCUCCUCGACAACGGGGUCAGUCUGGACUCCUUCAGCCAGGCGGCGGCCGAGCGAAGCAAGACCGUGAUCCUGGUGAAGAACCUCCCGGCGGGCACCCUGGCGGCGGAGCUGCAGGAGACCUUCGGCCGCUUCGGCAGCCUGGGCCGCGUGCUGUUGCCGGAGGGCGGCAUCACCGCCAUCGUGGAGUUCGUGGAGGCCCUGGAGGCCCGCAAGGCCUUCAGACAUCUGGCCUACUCCAAGUUUCACCACGCCCCCCUGUACCUGGAGUGGGCUCCAGUGGGCAUCUUCUCCAGCUCAGCCCCGCAGAUGAAGGAACCCCGAGAUCCCCCAGCAGGACCUGCAGAAGAGGACAGGGCGGAAGAAGAAACCUUGCCAGACAACGAGACUCCAGGAGGUGAAAAGCCAACAGAGGGAGGAGCUGCGGACUCUCCAGAGGAAGAGGAGGAGGAGAGCCUCCCCGGGUGUACUCUGUUUAUUAAAAACCUCAGCUUCAGCACGACGGAGGAGACCCUGAAGGGAGUGUUUUCCAAAGUGGGGACAGUGAAGAGCUGCUCUAUUUCCAAGAAGAAGAACAAAGCAGGAGCGAUGCUCUCCAUGGGAUUUGGAUUCGUGGAAUACAGGAAGCCAGAGCAAGCCAAGAAGGCUCUCAAGCAGCUCCAGGGUCACGUCGUGGACAGCCACAAGCUGGAAGUGAGGAUCUCCGAACGAGCCACCGAGCCAGCUCUGACAUCCACUCGGAAGAAACAAGUUCCCAGAAAGCAGACAACGUCAAAGAUUCUGGUGCGCAACAUCCCGUUCCAGGCUGACAGCCGGGAGAUCCGUGAGCUCUUCAGCACCUUCGGGGAGCUGAAGACCGUCCGCUUGCCGAAGAAGAUGACCGGAACAGGCACACACAGAGGGUUCGGCUUCGUGGACUUCCUCACGAAGCAGGACGCGAAGAGAGCCUUCCACGCGCUGUGUCACAGCACCCACCUGUACGGCCGGAGACUGGUCCUGGAGUGGGCCGACUCGGAGGUGAGCCUGCAGGCCCUGCGGCGGAAGACGGCCGAGCACUUCCACGAGCCCCCGAAGAAAAAGCGGUCUGUGGUGUUGGACGAGAUCCUGGAGCAUCUGGAAGACAGUGAAAACGACAGUGAGGAGCAAACCCUUCAGCUGCGAGCUGGCACCGAGAGGGGCUGCUAGCUGGAGUUCCCACCUACGGCCAUCUGCAGGAGUGCUCACAGCUGGGGACCUGGCCUCUGUCCUGCCCCAGGGGGCUUCGAGCCCUGGUUUGACUAGCAGGGGCUGACCCCAGGGCUGGGGAAGCCACCGAGCCGUUCACGAAGCUCAGAUGCCAGCCGGUCGAGCCUAAGAUGCAUCUCUGAUGGCGGGUACCCCCUGCUCAUGGGUGGAGGACUCUGUGAAAUGCAUCCCAGCCCCGUCGAAAGGCUUAUCCCAGGCUUGGGGCACCCGAGUGCACACACCUACUCCAGCCUGCAAAUAACAGCCUCCCCCAGGGGGAGAGCCAGGAGGCAGGCUGGUGGGGAGGAAGGAGCCGCUCGAUCCUCUGACCUGGGUCUGAAUCCCAGCCUCACCGUUCCCAGCUCUGCAGCCUCAGACCAGUGAGGUCCCCUCUGACCCUCAACUCCUCUUCCUGUCCAGUGGGGGUGGUAUUGUGCCUUCCUGGUGUGUGACUGUCUCAGUCAAUCCAAGUAAAGCCCAGAGGAAAUGCCCAUCAGCACUUCUGUUUCCUUCUUAAUUUGGGACCUCUGGCUGGGGCUCCAGGUGAGAGUCCCGGAACCUUCUGACUUUGCAUAGAACUUGGUCUGUGUGUUUUGGUGGAAGGAGGUUCCAAUCUUCAUCCAGUUUGCAGAGUGGCCUGGAACCCCAGCAAAGUUCCACGGGGCAGGUGCUUCCUAGUCAGUCCUACCUCCUCCCUGGGAAGGAACAGAGACAAAAGGCCACACCCAGAGUGGCUCGCUCCCCGGCUUCUACAGGCUGUACCCACAGACAUCAGGUGUGAGCACCGCAUGUAGGUGGGGGCUGUACGGCGGGGUCAGUGUCAAACCUCACCCAGGCCAGCCCCUCAGGUCACCAGGUCCCUCAGUUGCCAUGGGUCUUGGGUGUGACUGGGGCCCCCACCCCUUUCUUCCCCACCGCUCGUCCUGUUCAUGGGUCUAUCUGGUUGAACAUGCAGUCUGUAUCCACAUUGCCACACCCACCAGAGCCAGGCCGCUGGUGGGGGUGUAGUCACCCCACUGGAAGUCAUCAGACCCGUGAGCCUGGCACACAAGGGGGCUUCAUUGGCACCCACUUAACUGACUCGGAUGACAGUACUCGAACGUUCCCAGGGCAGGAUCCGCCAACUGCUGCAGCCUGGUAUUGGGUGCCAAGCGCAGGCUCUCCAGCCUGGGAGACUGGGUCCCCUUCCCUCCUUCCUGCCCCACCUGGCCUCUCUGCCCCCCACCCUGGGGGCUCACUGUCUGGAGAUCUUAGGGUGCCCCAUCACCCCCGCUUCAUGCCACCAAGGACGUCCAUGGUGUACGCCACCCUCAUCUCCCUUCCCCUAACCAAGGAGCACUGCACUCUCCACAAGUAGCCGGAGGGAUCCAGCUGGUUCCAUGCACUGGAUUAUGGAAGUCAUAGCUUAAAACCCUUCAGGGUCCCCCACACACUUGGAAUUAAGUCACGCUCCUCACCCAGUAAGAAGGCCCUGCCACUCGUCCCUCCCUUACUUUGUGCUGGCCUUUCCAGUGCACUCCCACCCCAGGGCCUUUGCACUUGCUCUUCCCUCUGCCUGGGACCCCCUUCCCCCACAUCUUUCCUGACUGUCUUUUUUUUUAGUCUCCCCUUGAGAUCUUAGUUUAAAUUCUCCUUCCUCACUCAGAGACAGUCCCUUACCACUUUAUCAGAAGUAGCUACACUCUGCUUCUCUCCCGUGCCCGGACCUGCGCCCACACCCCUGUCUCAGACGUCCCUACCCCUGUUCCUUUCAGUCACAGCACUUAGUGCAGGGAGCGGCCCGAGCCCUGUCCUUCCCCUUUGAAAAUGACUGCCACCUUGAAUGGCCAGGAGGUACUCACACAAUCGUAAUUCUAUAUAGGAACCACCACCGUUGUGAUGAUUCUGGAAGAAGGUAAAGCACGGCUAGGUAAUGGUCAGGUGAAGCUAGGUAAAGUACACUGGGGCAGAGGAGGGAUACCACCUCUCCACCCUGGAGGAAGGGGAGCCGCCUGGAAGCUGCAGAGGGGAGCUUGUGGGGAGGAGUUAGAAGUGACA